CUGGGCUGACUGGGCAGGAUGGAGUUCUGGAUCCAAUGAAACAUCAGAAAUCAGGAAACCAGGAAUCACAAAGGUGAGCAGAUGAUCUGGAGAAGACUGCAGAGCAAGACCGGACUUUUAACUGGGAGUUGAGUAGAUGGCUUAAUGAACUGAGGAACAGCAAGUGUGCAGGUGAAAAGUGAAGAAAGGCUCCACCUCUGCCCAGCUCAGGACAAACAAACACAAGAGGGAAGGGGAAAACUAGAAUAUACUAUAGGACCCUGACAAGCCCUAUUUUUUUAUUAGGAUUUUAGGUUUCAUCUCAUUCUGGAUAUCACUUACACUCUAUGGAGUUGAUGAACACUGCUAACAUGUCAUAUGAAAAGUCUUGGAGAAGAAAACCUUUGAACACUGUAACAUUUCUGAUAAUCAUGAUGAAUGUCUUCAGUGUUCUUAGCCUCACAUGUCAUCCUGCUGAGUACUUAAUUGACCAAGAAUGCUGUCCAAAGUGUCCUCCUGGAAGUCGAGUUAAAACAGAUUGUACACAGUUCAGAAGUACAUCCUGUCUGUCCUGUAUUGAUGGAAGUUUCAUGGAUGGACCAACAGGACGUAGAGAGUGCUUCUACUGUACAGACUGUGAUUCAGGUUCUGGUUUGAGGAUAAAGACAUCAUGCACAACAACAUCAAAUACAGUUUGUGAACCUCUGGAUGGAUUCUAUUGUACAGACUCUGAUAAAGACAACAACUGUAUAGCAGCACAGGAACACACAAGCUGUGAACCAGGACAAUAUAUCAGACACAAAGGAACGGCCUUCACAGACACUGAGUGCACUGACUGCAGUAGUGACACAUUUUCAGAUGGGACAUUUCCAUCUUGUCGGUCACAUACAAAAUGUGAUUCACCAAAUCUUCAGCUGAUAAAAGCAGGAACUGCUUCAACUGAUGCACAAUGUGGAGAACAUAGUUCAAACACAACAGUAAAUGUGGGCGCUGUUUGUUGA